UGAAAAAACACUCAAAAACCUUAUGAAAAUAAACGAGUUCUAUCACUCUUUGGUUCUAAUUCCCAUCAGUCUUUAAUCCUUCUUGAGCCCUAAUUCCCCUUCCCCUCGUCUGCAUCUUUAAUUCCAGAGUUUGGGGACACAGAAGCAGAUUCAAGAAAAGGGACACUGGGCCUCCAAUGGGGAGGAGAAAUAGGGUCGCUGUGGUGGUUCUUGGUGACAUUGGAAGGAGCCCCCGGAUGCAAUACCAUGCCCUUUCCCUUGCUCGACAGGCUUUACUAGAUGUUGAUAUUGUCGCAUAUGGAGGUACGGAACCCCACAUUUCGGUGCUAGAGCAUCAAUCUAUCCAUAUCCACAGAAUGCCACCAUGGCCAACAGUUCCUCGAAAGCUUCCAAGUAUGCUACGUCCUUUAUUUCUUAUUCUCAAAUCCAUAGUCCAGUUUCUUAUGCUGCUUUGGUAUCUUUCUGUGAAGAUACCAGCUCCUGAUGCAUUUAUAGUGCAGAAUCCACCGUCAGUUCCUACUCUAGUAGCUGUGAAGUGGGCCAGCUGGUUGAGACAAUCAGCAUUCAUUGUUGAUUGGCAUAAUUUUGGAUACACCCUGCUGGCUCUGUCCCUUGGAAGGAGUAGUCUCUUUGUUUCGAUAUAUCGUUGGAUUGAGAAGCAUUAUGGAAACAUGGCUCAUGGUUCCUUGUGUGUGACGAGGGCAAUGCAACAUGAGUUGUCCCAGAACUGGGGGAUUAAAGCGACUGUUUUGUACGAUCAGCCUCCUGAAUUUUUCCAGCCUGCAUCACUUGAGCAGAAGCAUAAUUUAUUUUGCAGGAUUAGCAAAAGUCUUCACAGGCCAUACGGUCUUCAAGAUUGCAUAAGCAAUGGUGAAGCAAGCAAUGGAUUGACUGGGCCAGACAAUGAUCCCAAUAUAACUCCAUUUACAACUCGGGUUGGUUCUGACAUAUUCUUAAAUCAAAACAGACCAGCACUGGUUGUCAGCAGUACAAGCUGGACUCCAGAUGAAGAUUUUAGCAUUCUACUGGAAGCAGCACUUAUGUAUGAUAGACGUGUUGCUGCACUCUUACGUGAGGAUGACACUAUUACAAAUGAAGUUGUUUGGGAUAGUAUUCAUGAAGGGAAACAGUUCUUGUACCCAAGAUUGUUGUUCAUCAUUACUGGUAAAGGACCUGAGAAGGAAAAGUACGAGGAGAAGAUAAGAAAACUUAGCCUCAAACGUGUAGCGUUCCGUACAAUGUGGUUGUCGGCAGAGGAUUAUCCACUACUUCUUGGGUCAGCAGAUCUAGGUGUCUGUUUGCAUACUUCGUCAUCAGGGCUGGAUCUACCCAUGAAGGUUGUGGAUAUGUUUGGCUGUGGGCUACCCGUUUGUGCUGUUUCAUAUUCUUGCAUAAAGGAGCUGGUGGAUGUUAACAAGAAUGGACUCCUUUUUUCAUCAUCUUCAGAACUGGCUGAUGAACUCAUGAUGUUGUUCGAGGGUUUUCCUGAGAGAUGUGAUGGUUUGAAGUUGAUGAGAUCAAACUUGAUGGGUAGGGUAUCUUCAGUUAGGUGGGAAACAGAAUGGGAAGAAAAUGCCAAGCCCUUAAUCAAUGAGGUCAGCCUUUUCUGCCACUUGUGGUGCUCCUUAGAUCACUCUGCUCUCAGAUGAUCAAUCUUCGAUAACAUGAUACUUUCAGGUUAUUUCUGAACGCACUCGCUGAAAUGUGAAAGAUGAAUCAAAGAAACACUGGUUGUACAGGUGACCUUCUAUCUGCUUGUUUUUGUGUACACUCAAAGAAGCAGUCAAGAAUUAUCAUUUUUCAUUGACUUCAACAGGAAAAUUGUGCUUGUUGUGGACUGGUCUUAAAAUAAAAAUUAUCCUUGUGAAAUCUGAUACAUUCCAUCUUAAAAUGUCUGUACCGACCCCAGACAAGUGUGUGUGAAGCUUGUGCUGUAAUAGUAAUUGGAAAGGAGUAUGCUUGAAAUCA